AUGAUCAGACAUUUUGAUUGUUUUCCUUUCAAGAAGAUAAACCAGUUCAAAACAGAGACAAAGCUGCAGAAUUCGGCUUCAGAAAGUUUUUUUUUACUGUUUUUUUUCUUUCUUUUCCAACCCAUCACUUUAUUUCCCCUCCAAACUUUCUUUCCCUCUUUCUUUCCUUUCAAGAACUAUUUUCUGUUCCCCUUCAUUUUCUCUCAUUUUUCCAUCUACCUCUUCACUGUAUUCCUCCGCAUUCGUUCUUUUCUCUCCACUUCUUUUUUCUCACCUUCUGUGUUCUCCCCAUUCCCCUACUGUUUUUCCUUCUCCGCAUCCUCUUCUAUCUUCUCCUUCACCUGUUCUUUCUUUUCCCCUUUAGCCUUUCUUCCUCUCCUUCACCUAUUCUUUCUUCUCUUCUCUCCUUUUUAUUCUCCCCUAUCCCACUUUUAUCUUCUUCCUCUCCUCUAUUUCAUCUUCUCCGCCAAUUAUUCUUUCUUUCCCUUUUCACAUAUUCUUUCUUUCAUUCUUUCUAGUCUUUCUUCUUCACUUCUUCUGUCUUCCUCUUCCCUCUAUUUUUCUCCCUCUCCACUUUUUUCUUUAUUCUUUUCCUCCGCCUUUUCUUUUUUUCCCUCCACCUCUUCUUUCUUCUUCUUCCUCUUCCUCUCCACUUAUUCAUUGUUUUCCUCUUCCUCUUCUUAA